AUGUCCGACGUCCCACCAACCGAGUCCAUUCCCAAACCAGAGGAACCUAAAGCACCAGCCCCUGCACCUCAGUUCCAGCAAGUACCUCCGAAUUACUACCAAUUUCCACCUCAAGGUUACUACCCACCACAAGGCUUCCCGAACUACCCUCCUCAGCCUAUGCCUUACCUCCCCAACCCUUGGAUGUUCCAGCAAGCUCCACCCCAGCAAUUCCAAUCUCAGUCCAAGAGAGACCUAGACUUCGAAGAAGGUCUGAACCGCUUACGCAAAGAGUAUGCUAAAGCUCCAAUUGAGAGAAAGUUGUUCCCGGACCAAAAAAUAUAA